AUGACUAGGACCAACACAGAACUAGGAAACGUUACUCCGCACAAUAUAAAACAACUCAAGAAGCUCAACAGCGUAGUAUUUCCAGUGUCCUACAAUGACAAAUUCUAUAAGGAUGUCUUGGAGGCUGGAGAACUGGCUAAACUAGCUUACUACAACGACAUUGUCGUGGGGGCUGUUUGCUGUAGAAUCGAUACGACAGAAAACUCCAGGCGAUUGUAUAUAAUGACUCUUGGUUGCUUGUAUCCGUAUCGACGACUUGGCAUUGGAACUUUGAUGGUGCAACACAUUUUAAGUUAUGUGGAACAAGAUGGGAACUUUGAUAGCAUAUUUUUGCAUGUUCAAGUAAACAAUCAAAGUGCCAUUGAUUUCUACAAAAAGUUCGGCUUUGAAAUAGUUGAAACCAAAGAACAUUAUUACAAAAGAAUAGAACCAGCUGAUGCUCACGUACUGCAAAAAACAAUAAGAAAUAAGAACCACAUUAAUGGUACUACAGACUAA